AUGAUGAACGCUUGCGCGCUAUCCUCCAACGACAACUUUAUUCUCCAAAUAGAUCACAAACCGUUCCUCGCGCUUCUACAAACAGAAUACACUAAAGGUUUCAAACCCACCACAGCGGCUCUCAAACGCUGGGUUAUAAAGUUACUUGAAUACGACUUCAAGAUCGAAUACAUCCGCACUCAGGAUUUUGGCCAAGCAGAUGCACUCUCGCGUUUCAUAGAAAAGUUCCGUCUAGAUAACCUUGAAAACUUUCAAGUAGCAAGCAUUUGUCUGGUAGAAAACAAAAUUAAACAGAUCAGAGACUCUUCUAUCGACAAAUUCGGCUCAAAUUUUCCCCUCAAACUGAAGACUGCCACGAAUGAAGAUCCAGAUCUCAAAUCGAUAAUGGAGCUAAAACUCUCCGACGACACAGAAUGUUUUGUAAAGCAAUGCGAUGCAUGUGGGUUAACAGGUAAACUUCCAGUUAAGGUUUUGAUUAAUCUAUGGCCAACUUCUAUUAAACCUCUGGAACGCCUACACUUGGAUUAUGCAGGACCUAUCGACGGAAAAUAUCUACUUGUCUUUAUAGAUGCAUACUCGAAAUUCAUCGAAAUAGCCAUCACUUUGAUUAUUUUGGCUACUUGCACUGUCGAACUCUGCCUUGAAGUAUUCUCACGAUAUGGAUCCUUCGAAGUCCCGACCGGAGCACACUCGAUGUUCCGAUGGAUCCUGACCCUCUGGCCAUCCCGCCAGAAGCUCCUGAAGCACCAGGUGACCAGACGAAAGUCUAGACGUAUCUCCGGCGAGGCUUUCCCAUCGCAGAAUCCAACCAAAGAGUCUAAUCCUGGACCUCAAGUUUAA